CCAAAGUUACAUUCCUUCAAAGAUCCAAUUUUGCUGCUCUUCUUUCUCUUUUCAUCGAUUUUAAGUGUACAAAGAUGAGUAUACUUCAAUACCCAGAUUCGUUUAAUGUGCCAGAGCUUCUGGUUUGGAACAAUGCGGCUUUCGACAAUGGGGAGUCCGAAGAUGCAAACCCCCUCAAGGAUUCUUGGUGUAAUCUUGAUUCGGAAUCGGUGAAUCAGUCGCUGGAAUCUGAUGGAAGUAAAGAAAACCAGAGUCCCCUUUGGGUAAAAUCCCCACUUUCUUUCAAAUCUACCGCUUCUCUUGUUAAGCCUUGUUCCAAGAAUGUUACCAGAAACACCAGAGAGCCAUUUUCAGUGCAAACGAAGGGUGGGGUUUGCAAGAAAGAAGACAAGAAGCGUGAUGAGAAAAAGAUUGAUAUGGAGAUUGAAGAGGUAGAGAAGGAGGUGGGUCGUUUGUCAUCGAAACUCGAAGCUCUUCGACUCGAAAAAGCUGAAUGCAAUGCGAGAAGUAUCGCGAUGAGAGGAAGAAUAGUGCCUGCCAAAUUCAUGGAGCCAAAACAGAACAUCUUGGAGAAGAAGAUCGAAGAUCCUCUGUUUUCUAAACCGAAAUUGAAUCGAAGGGGGGUUAGUUUAGGUCCAUCAGAGAUUUUCUACGCAACAAAAUCAAGGCAAUUCAUGAAGCAGGAAUUCACAACUUCUGUACAGUCAAUACAGAGUCGCCGGAAAUCUUGUUUCUUUAAGCUUCAAGAUAUUGAUGAAGGCAAGGUUACAAGAGAGAUAGGCAAGAGCUUGAGUCUUAGCCCUCGGUCGCGUAAAACUGUUUCCAAGGUCAUUGCUUCUAAGCCAGCAGCAGCAACGACAGUAGUGGCUAAGAGGAGUAUGAAGAAAGAAGAGGCCGUUCUUUCCACAAUUCAACCAAAAAGGCUCUUCAAAGAUGUAGAGAAACCAGUAACAGCCAAGAAACCAUUGAAACCUGGGAGAGUCGUCAGUAGCAGGUACAAUCAGAUUCCCAGUCAAAGCAAUAAUAAGCGUGUUUCGAAUGAACAGAUUGUUGGUUCCUGCAAGAAGGAGAGCAGAGAGAAGAAGAAGUGGGAAAUUCCUAGUGAAGUGAUGAUUCCAGAGGGAGGAUCGCAGGAAGAAUCGCCUAAUUCAAUUGAUAUGAUCAAUGAUCUGCUACCGAAGAUUAGGACAGUGAGAGUUUGGGACGAAAGUCCUCGGGAUUCAGGGCCAGCCAAAAGAGUGGCUGAAUUGAUGGGAAGGAAAUCGUACUUUAGUAUGGAGCAAGAAACAGAGGACUCUGUUUGUCAGGCUCUGAGUUUUGCAGAGGGGGAAGGGGAGGAAGAGUGAUUCAUUUCAUCUUCUUCUUAUUCUUUACUUCCGUUUUUUCAGCUGAUGAGAUUGGGGUUUGAGGAUGUAAACCAUAACUAUUGUUAUGGGCUAAAGUUACAUUGGCUUUGA